UGCGGAGCGAGGUGAACGGAAAGCAACGCCAGAAGGGAGAAUGUGAGAUUCAAUUGCGCUUAAUCUGAAAGCGCCAACGUUAGUGAAGGGGUGGAGAGCCAAAGAGAAGACACCCCUGUUGCAACCCGGGCUUCAGGUAACUUUUGUAGUUCUCCUUCUUUGAAUAAAGAGUAGAAGAAAAAGUAGACUACGUCAUGUCGGAGAUACUAGACCUCUCUUUCUUGUCUGAGAUGGAAAGGGAUUUGAUCAUUAAUGUCCUACAGCGAGAUGAGGAGCUCCGGAAAGCAGAUGAGAAAAGGAUUAGGCGACUAAAGAGUGAGCUACUGGAGAUCAAAAGGAAGGGGGCCAAGAGGGGCAGCCAACACUACAGUGACUGGACCUGUGCUCGGUGCCAAGAGAACCUGGGCCGUUUAACUCCCAAGACCAACACUUGUAGGGGUUGCAAUCACUUUGUGUGUCGGGACUGCCGCGUCCAGGAAAGCAAUGGCACCUGGAGGUGCAAGGUGUGCACCAAGGAAAUAGAGCUAAAGAAAGCAACCGGAGAUUGGUUUUAUGAUCAGAAAGUGAAUCGCUUUGCUUAUCGCACAGGCAGUGAGAUAAUCAGGAUGUCUUUGCGCCGCAAGCCUACAGUGAGUAAAAGAGAAACAGUGGGACAGUCCCUCCUUCAUCAGACACAGAUGAGUGAUAUCUGGCCAGGAAGAAAGAUCAUUCAGGAGCAACAGAAAGAGCACAGUGUUCCCUUUGAAGUGCCAAAGUUGAAAAGUGGAAAGAGUGCACUGGAAGCUGAGAGUGAAAGUCUGGAUAGCUACACAGCUGACUCAGAUAGCACCUCAAGAUCUACCUCCAGGAGAGAUUCUCUGGAUAAAUCUGGCCUCUUUCCAGAAUGGAAGAAGAUGUCUGCCCCCAGAUCUCAAGUAGAAAAGGAAAUUCAGCCAGUGGGUCAAAAUGUAGUAUCUGUUGAUGAGGAUGAAAUGAUAUUCAAGAACACCAGAAAAAUCUUCAGGCCUUCAGAAUACACUAAAUCUGUGAUAGAUCUUCGUCCAGAAGAUGUAGGGCAUGAAAGUAGCUCCAUGGGAGACAGAAGCAAAUCUGUCCCAGGCCUCUGUGUAGACAUGGAAGAGGAAGAAGAGGAAGAAGAAGACAUUGAUCACUUGGUGAAGUUGCAUCGCCAGAAACUAGCCAGAAGCAGCAUGCAAAGUGGCUCCUCCAUGAGUACCAUUGGUAGCAUGAUGAGCAUCUAUAGUGAAGCUGGUGAUUUUGGAAACAUCUCUGUGACUGGCAAGAUUACCUUUUCCCUGAAGUUUGAUAAGCAAACAGAGACUCUGGUCAUCCAUGUGAAGGAGUGCCACCAACUGGCCUAUGCAGAUGAAGCCAAGAAGCGCUCUAACCCGUAUGUGAAGACUUAUCUUCUGCCUGACAAGUCCCGCCAAGGUAAAAGAAAAACCAGCAUCAAACGGGACACUGUCAAUCCACUAUAUGAUGAGAUCCUCAGGUAUGACAUUUCAGAAUCUCUUCUGGCCAAGAGGACCUUGCAGUUUUCAGUGUGGCACCAUGGUCGUUUUGGCAAAAACACUUUUCUUGGAGAGGCAGAGGUUCAUAUGGGUUCCUGGAAGCUUGAUAAGAAGCUGGAUCAUUGCCUUCCUUUACAUGGAAAGAUCAAUGCCGAGUCUCUGACUGGCUUGCCAUCACACAAAGGCGAGUUGGUUGUCUCACUGAAAUAUAUCCCAGCCUCCAAACUUCCUGUUGGAGGCGACUGGAAAAAGAGUAAAGGUGUGGAAGGAGGAGAACUCCAGGUGUGGAUCAAAGAAGCCAAGAACCUGACAGCUGCCAAAUCAGGAGGAACUUCAGACAGCUUUGUCAAGGGAUACCUCCUUCCUAUGAGAAACAAGGCCAAUAAGCGUAAAACUCCUGUGAUGAAGAAGACCCUGAAUCCCCACUACAACCACACAUUUGUGUACAGUGGUAUGAGACUUGAAGAUCUACAGCACAUGUGCCUGGAACUCACUGUGUGGGAUCGGGAGCCCCUGACCAGCAAUGACUUCCUUGGAGGGGUCAGGCUGGGUGUUGGCACUGGGAUCAGUAAUGGGGAAAUAGUGGACUGGAUGGACUCAACUGGGGAGGAAGUGAGCCUAUGGCAGAAGAUGCGACAGUACCCAGGGUCUUGGGCAGAAGGGACUCUGCAACUCCGUUCCUCGAUGGCCAAGCAGAAACUGAGUUUAUGAGUCUCUGUCAUCCUCUACAGCUCCAGACAUGGCCAGAACAAGUCAGAGGAAGUGAAGAAAUCAAGAGCAAAGAUUUAUAAUUUAAUAUGUAUAUUGAGUGUUUGUGUAAAACAUGUAUUUUUGCUAGUAUUAGUCUGCUAGCUAGAAAGAUGCAGACUUGUUCCCCUUUAUAGAAUGGCUGAAGAAUAAAAGUCUCUUGAAAAUGUUUCUACUUGUGCAUAAUCUAGCAUAUUAUCAGAUCCAUUCUUUUUUGUAACUUUAUGAUGUUUAAUUAACUUUAAAAAGGUCUUUUAAAACAGUGUUCCAUCUUUUGUCUUGCUAUCCCAGGAAACCUUGGCUACCUUUGGUGUUAGUUUCAGUCUGUGGUUUAAAGUGUGCUUGAUCUGAUACGUAGGGGGUUCCUUGAUACUUCUAGGAAGCAAAGUUCAGUAACUAAAGACAGAGGAAUUGAGAGAGAACUAAGCAUGUCUUAUCCUUCCUCUCUAUAUUUUUAACUCACUUUCUAUCUUGGUAAAUUCCUGAAACAUGAUUUUAACUCUUCUUUUCUAAAACAGUUUCUACCUUGCUUGAGUAUAACGGUUUUCUUUGAAAUGCUAAGAAAAUUCCUUGGCUCUUUCCAGCUUUAAACACUUUUAUUAGAACUUUAGGAAAUCCUUAUAAUGAAAUCAGUUUAGAAAAGCACUUUAAUUAGAUAGUGACCUUUUGGCUGGGUCAUGAACAUGCCCAGUGAGACCUUCUGGCUGAUCUGGGAAGAUCUGAGUGACUGAGGAUAAAGUGUCUCACAGACAUGCUGAAUUCUCUGCAUUUUAAACUAAUAUAGCAGUUAGGGAGAGAAGCCCUCAUUUCUCUAAAGAAAGAUGAAACAUUUUCAUUUUCAUGUACCACAUCUUUCUCAGUAUUUGUGUCUGCAGGGUGUUGCACACAGAAAAUAGUCUGCAUACCUCUGUAUCAGCCAGAAGAACCAAAUAUUGAAUAAAUUGUCACUGUUUCCCCAGGCUGGGGACGGUUAGUGCUCCAGGAAAAUGUGGGCAGAGAAUAUUUCAGUUAUUUGGACUUCCUACCUGUUGUAGUUUCCCAUCUUAUGUUUUCUAAACCAGGCCUACAUAUAACAUGGGCUUGGUAAGGCACAGCUUUUCAAAGAGAGUUCUGGUAAGCCAAUGUUUGUUUCCUGCUAUUUGUUCUUCCAGUCUGACCUUUUCAUUCUUACAAGCGUGUCUGUACAAAAUUGUGUGUGGAAGGAAUCUAUAUCAGAGGAGAAAUCCUUUUCAGUAGAGCCAGCUGCUAGCUGACUUUUGUGUAAAACCAUUGGAUUGAAGGUAGCUAUUAGUGGCUUCUUUUGCAUAUGUGGACUGAACGAAGGAACACUUUUAAAAUAUUUAUUCCGUAUGCAUUGAUACAGCAAUGGAAAGUAUAACUUGGGAUCCUGGGCUGUUGCUAUGUUGUUUUCCCCCUCCUAACAUGAAUGUGUGUUUCAAUAAAGCUUUUUCACUUAUCAAA